GAAGAAAAGAAACGAUUUUGCCUGAAUGGGCGAAACAGAAGCGAAGUAGCAGUGAGUGCUCUUGUCGCCUUCCUGCCCAGUUACCAGCUCCCUACUCCGCCUUGUGCCUCCUCACUCCUCUCUUCCUAUCUCUGUCAGCUCGGCUCAGGCAGCCUCAGUAGUUUAGCAGGCUAGUACAGAGAGACGAGGGCUGCUCCCUUUCGCCUCUGCUCAGUAGUCUGCCCAGCACACCAUACAUUCCGCACUAUGGCUGCCACGGACGUUGACGUAUUUUCGAAUGAAGAGAAGCGUAACCUGAGUUUGGGCGGACAUGUUGGAUUUGACAGCCUCCCUGACCAACUGGUCAGUAAAUCGGUCACACAGGGAUUUUGUUUUAACAUUCUCUGUGUAGGGGAGACAGGAAUCGGCAAGUCAACAUUAAUGAACACGCUCUUCAACACCAUGUUUGAGAACGAAGAGGCGAGCCAUUAUCAGAAUGGCGUGUAUCUGCGACCGCGAACAUACGACCUGCAAGAAAGCAACGUCCACCUUAAACUGACGAUUGUUGACACUGUUGGCUUUGGUGAUCAGAUCAACAAAGAGGACAGUUACAAGCCCAUCGUUGACUACAUCGACACUCAGUUUGAAAACUAUCUCCAGGAAGAGUUGAAGAUCAAACGGUCACUGUUUAACUACCACGACACCAGGAUCCACAUCUGCCUUUAUUUCAUUGCCCCGACAGGACACUCCCUCAAGUCCCUGGACCUCGUCACCAUGAAAAAACUGGACAGCAAGGUUAACAUAAUUCCCAUAAUUGCCAAAGCGGACACAAUCUCCAAGAGUGAGCUGCAUAAAUUCAAAAUCAAGAUAAUGAGUGAGCUGGUGAGCAACGGUGUCCAGAUAUAUCAGUUCCCAACAGACGACGAUGCCGUCAGUGAGAUCAACUCCUCCAUGAAUGCCCAUCUGCCUUUUGCUGUUGUUGGGAGCGUGGAAGAGGUCAAAGUGGGGAACAAAACUGUAAGGGCGAGACAGUACCCGUGGGGUGUCGUGCAAGUCGAGAAUGAGAGCCACUGCGACUUUGUAAAACUCAGAGAGAUGCUCAUCAGGGUCAACAUGGAGGAUCUGAGGGAGCAGACCCACGCCCGCCACUACGAGCUGUACCGACGCUGUAAGCUGGAGGAGAUGGGCUUCAAAGAUACAGAUCCCGACAGCCAGCCAUUCAGUCUUCAAGAGACAUAUGAGGCCAAGAGGAAAGAGUUUUUGGGGGACCUGCAGCGGAAAGAGGAAGAAAUGCGACAAAUGUUCGUCAACAAAGUAAAAGAGACGGAAUCAGAACUGAAGGAAAAGGAGAGAGAGCUGCAUGACAAGUUUGAGCAGCUGAAGCGGAUGCACCAGGAGGAGAAGAGGAAGGUGGAGGAGAAGCGCAGAGAUCUGGAGGAGGAGAUGAACGCCUUCAACAGGAAGAAGGUGGCUGCUGAGACACUCUCCUUAUCUCAGCCCCUCAAGAAGGACAAGGACAAGAAAAAAUCGGUGAAGAUGGAGAACCAGUCGGGCGUGACCGCCUCCAGCUCCAAAGUGAUGAUGGCCAAGGCCAACGUGGAGCCCUUGAACUGCCAAAGCUGGUGGCAGGCCAUACAGUGCUGCACCUGUCUGGUCCACAACGCCGCCUGGAGGCCCGCAGGCCUCUUCUGAUGCCCCGGCCCGGCCGGAAGCACACCGGGGUCUGUUGCCGAGUCCCAGCCGACGCCGGAGCCGAGCCCGAUGGACGGAAUGAGGUGAGGGUGGCCGGAGACGAGCAGGGCGUGGAACUAGACCGGAGGUGAACAGAGACGCAAAGAGGAACGAGACCAAAACAUUAGCAAAAUGAUUUCA